AUGUUAAAGUGUCAUUUGAUUAAUGUCGCACAACAACAACAAAUUAGUUCGAACAAAGAGGAAUUAUUAGUGGGUUCUUACAUUCUUUUCUUAUUCCAUCACAUCGUAUUUGAUGGAACGUCGACAGACCUAUUUCUCAAUGAUUUACGAGAAGCAUAUCGUACACAAACAAAACUGACACCAUUACCACUGCAGUACAUAGAUUGUUCACAGUAUGAACGUCAUAUGGAUAUGAGUGAAGCACGAAGCUAUUGGCUGCAGCAGUUAGCUGGCUAUGAAACUGAAUUACAAUUACCUUAA